UUAACCUUCAGUUGGUUCGCAACAACACAUUCAAUUAAAAAUGCCGCAUCUUAGAAUCGAAACGAACGUUCCACAAAUUAAAAUUCCUAAAGAUUUACCUGCAAAACUUUGUCAGGUGAUCGCUAAGAGUCUUGGAAAACCUCUUGGGUAUUGCGUUGUAACGUUGGUUGGAGAUGUUAAUAUGUCUUGGGGUGGAACUGAUGAACCAGCUGCUCAAGCCACAUUAAUGAGCAUUGGGGGACUUGGGGUUGAACAAAAUAAGAAACAUUCCAAAGCUAUUUUUGAUGCUGUUAUUCCAGAAUUGGGAAUCACAGAAGAUAGGAUGUAUAUUCUAUUUAGUAAUGUACCCUCAUCUGAUCUUGGUUACCAAAGCACCACUUUUAAGGAUAUUUUAGGAUAAUUUAUUAUAUAUUUUUCAAUUUGUAAUGAAUUAAAUUGAAAUAAACCAAUUUAUAUAAUA